UUUCAUGCUUAAAGGAGCAAUGGAGAUCUUUUUGUGGAGGGUAAUCUUUUGCUCAAUGUUGGGACUUAAAUUGAUCUUCAAUCUGCAGCUACAAUUGACAAGUGCCAUAAUUGGAGCCGACUAUGGAAUGCAAGGAGACGAUCUUCCAUCACCAAGCAAUGUGAUAAACCUAUACAAGAAACAAAAUAUCCUUCUCUUAAGAUUGUUUGAACCAAAUCAAGAUGUAUUAAAUGCCCUAAGAGGUUCAGUCAUUAAGGUUGCCUUAGGAAUCAAAAAUGAAGAUGUAACUAAUAUUGCUAUGAACACAAACACAGCCGAGCAAUGGGUAAACACUAAUGUCGUCCCUUACACCAGUGAAGUGAGUAUCGGAUGGAUAACCGUAGGCAACGAGAUGGUGCCAAGUACUACAGCUAGCCUCAUCCCGCAAGCCAUGAACAACAUACUUAGCGCACUAAACGCAGCAGGCUUAACUCAAAUCAAAAUCUCGACAGUGGUAAAUGCUAACGUUUUAAGUGUUUCUUUCCCUCCUUCUGCUGCAAGUUUUAGUCCAGAAUCUAUUGCGUUUAUGCAAGGUAUUUCCAUAUGGCUAGCGGGUACAAAUAACCCGUUGAUGGUAAACUUAUACCCUUAUUUUGCCUAUGCUUCAAAUCCGAGUGAGAUACCAUUGGACUACGCGCUAUUCAACACAACACAACCUGUAAUUGAUGGGAAUUAUAAGUACUUCAGCUUAUUUGAGGCAAUGGUAGAUGGGUUUUAUUCAGCGUUGGAGAAGAUUGGUGGUAAUAAUGUGACAGUGGUGGUUUCCGAGACCGGGUGGCCUACAAAGGGGAAUGAUCCUUAUACAAGUACACAAAACGCAGAGUUUUACAACCAAAGACUCAUAAAUAAAAUGAAAACAGUUGGAACACCAAAAAGGCCUAAUGAUUUAUUAGAUAUAUUCAUAUUUGCUAUGUUUAAUGAGGAUAAGAAGGCACCUGGAGUUGAGCAAAAUUGGGGAAUGUAUUACCCAAAUAUGGAUCCUGUGUAUCCCUUGACAUUUUGUAAUUUGAAUAAAUUUAAUUAG